AAUCAAUGAAAAACGACUAUUUUGAAAAAGUAUUAAAUUAUUAAAAUUUGCAUAUAUUCUUUUAUUUAAUUAUCUAAAUUUUUAUUGUAACGUUCAUUUAUGUGCAAAUUUGUCGUUUUAAAAUUAUUUCUCAAGAAGGGUUUAGUUAUGCCGAAAAGCAACGAAAACAUCGUUAAUAAUGAUGCCGAAAGCUCAAUCAAGGCCGACGAUCAUAUUGAAGAUGAUGUCUUUACAAACGAGAACGAUUUAAGUCGUUUACAAAUUUCAUCUUUAAAUCAACGAAGUCACCACGUUUUUACUUCUGUAGUGUCUUCACACGAAAGGUCGUGUGUUUCAUUACCUAGCCAAAGAUCAUCAGGCCUGAUACUGUCCGAUCAUGUACACUCAGAACUUAUACAGUCAAAUCUAUCAGAUAGUUGUGGAAAUUCAACAUUAGGAAAUUUUGGCGAUGCUUCUUGUAUUGUUGCAUGUGGGAUAAAAAGAAGGCCGUCAUAUACGUCCAAAGCACCUUCAGCUCUUACUCAUCUUCCAAAAGUGAUAAGUGAUAUUGAUAAUAAUUCUGUUCAUAUUAGUCCAAAUGAUUUUCAGACUUCAACAAGUUUUGAAGAUCACCAUUCCCAAUCAACAGAAAAAGUUCUAGAUUCUAUUAAUAUUCGUGCUCAAUCGAGGUAUGAAAUUGAUGAGUACUCAAAUUCUGACACACCUGAUGUAACUUCAUUUGAAAAUACAACUACUAAUCUAACGCAAAGUAAUGCAUGUAAAAAUACUAAAGAUAUGAAAACUAAAGAGUCAUUAAAUCACAGUAAAUGGGAUGCUGCUGUAAAAUUAGAUGUUUUGUCAGUCAGAUGUCGAGAUAAAGUUGGAGAUUUGCACAAGAUGCGAUUUGGAUCUGGGUCAAAAGGAAAGUGUAUUAAGAGUGGAGAAAAAUGGUAUACACCUAUAGAAUUUGAAACAUUUUCUGGAAGAGCAUCAUGUAAAGAUUGGAAACGAAGCAUCAGAUUUCAUGGUCAACACAUUCAAAAGUUAAUAGAUGACCAACAUUUAAUACUGCAUGCUAUUUCUUGUACAUGUGGAAUAUGCUGUGGUGACGAAACACUUACUGGUCCUGUAAAAUUGUUUCAAUCUGUCAAAAGAAAACGUUCUUCAAUUAAUAAUGCAUUGCAACUAUCACCCCUUUCAAAAAGAAAAUCUUUUGCAUAUCAUCGAGAUCGUGGUGGUUCAUACAGUCUAGACAAUGAAGUAUUUUCAUUGUCUCAAGAAGCCGAAACUGGAAUGCCACCAAUGACGCCUUUAACUCCUAUGACACCAUUGACUCCUCACACACCUUUUGGACCAAGUUGCUUAACACCAUUAUCAGUACCUACAACUGUUUUUCGGCCAGGUUCUCCACCUAAAUCAAUAACAUUGCAAAAUCCCAUUAUACAAAGUUUACAAAGUGUACAUAACUUGGCAACAACCAGCAUCGUCACUCCCAAAUCUGAGCCAUCACAAGUGUCUAUGCCACCUCCUUUACCUCACAAAAGUAAUAUGGAUUUAAGCAUUAUGAGUCAACAAAAUUGGCUUCAACUUGAAGAGAUGGCAAGCAAUUUGAUUACUAUGGCUAAUAAGUUAAAGUUAAUGGUUGAGCAAGUGAAAGUCCAGUCUGAAGCAUUUAAAGAUAACGCUGUAACUCAAGCAAAGAUACAAGCUGAAAACGAAAAGGCUGAGGCUAUUUCAUUAAUUCGAAGAGGUCAGGUUCACUCCAUGCAUGGUUUAUCAGUUGUUGAGCACCAGCAUCUUAUUGUACCACAGUCUUUCUCAAUUCCAUCAGCUAAGAUCUGCCAAAAUUGUAGUCGUGAUGCUUUUUUGGAAUGUACAGGAUGCUACCGUGUUUAUUACUGUGGCGCUUUUUGUCAGCAAAAAGACUGGCUGGCUCAUAAACCUAAGUGCAGAAUUGAAUCAGAUGGAUCGAAUGUACAUACCAGCGGGCAAAUAUUGUUGACAGAUAAAUAGUUUUAAAAUUGAUGCGUAAACUUUAUGUAAAUAGAGCAGUCGAAAUCUUUAUAUUGUUAAUACCUUUUAGAUUUACGAUUGUUAUUUUAAUUGUCGUAAAUCCUAGUGGCUUUCUCGCGUUUUUUAUUAUUAUUUUUAAUUUAUUUUUAUUUUUAUGAGACUAUAAAUUAUUGUCGAAAUAUCAGUGAAUAAAGAGUUUAAUUAAAA